AUGUGGUUAUCAAAAGAUUCAGAUGGUGAAGCAUUAUCAAAGCGUGCUUAUUAUUAUUAUGAUACUGAUAGUUAUUUUAAGCUAUAUGCCUGGCUUGCGUUAUAUAAAAAGCUACAAAAAAAGAAACUACUCCAACAACAACUUGAAAUGCAACAGGAUGGGCCCGUUGCUCCAAUUAUGGCAACACAGGGUCCGACUGAUGGUCAAUACUACCCCUAUACUCAACCAAACUCUACUGCUUAUCCCGAUGGAUACUUACCUCCACAGGCUCCACCAGGAUAUAUCCCUCCUGAAGUGCCUUCACUGUCGGUCAAUAUGGGUAAUUCUCCAAAUUCAGGGGAUUAUUUCUCUCCUCCACCAGGUCCACCUCCUGGUACGAAUACCAACCCCUCCAUUUUUGAUUUGAGAGUUAUGCAGGGCCCAAUAACAUUUUUGUGGGAUAUGGACUUACUCUGUUUAUUUGCAUCACAGAAGGUCAGGGAUUUACAGCCACUGCAAAAUACUAACAUGAAUACCAAAACCAAGAUCAGUAACCACAACAGCAACUAUAUUUCAGCUAAAAUGGGACGAAAUGGCUACCCAAUGAUCCCUUUGCUGACCUCACAGGCAGCGAGGCGAAAAUUAAAUAUGUCAGAGAGAGCAUAUAUCCUUGGAGCAUUGCGCAACGGAGCUACGUUCACCCAAUUGGGAAACGAUUUGAAUGUCCAUCGGGUCACGGCUAACAGAAUAGGUACCAAAAUUCAAGAUACUCACCUGAUCGAUAUUGCCCACCGUAGUGGCAGACCAAAAUCAGCCAGAAAGCAAGGAGUUGAAAAGCUUAGAGUUUCCCUUCCCGAAGUCUGUCCCAAAGUGAAGUAUAAGAAACUAGAUGCCCUGUCGGGGUUUAAAGAUAAUACUGGGAAGUGA